GCGGGUCUUUGACCAGACAGCAUGGGUACGCAGCCGUUUCUUUGUUUAGCGCUGGUGGUGGUCGCCGCACUGCUUCCGAUUACGGCGGCCCAAGGUGGUGGUCAGCAGGCCAAAAUCGUUUGCUACUUUAGCAACUGGGCCAUCUAUCGGCCCGAUGUCGGUCGCUACACGAUCGAUGACAUCCCGGGGGAGAUGUGCACCCACAUAAUAUACUCGUUCAUUGGGGUUGACGAUAGUAACUACAAGGUGCUGGUGAUCGAUCCGGAAGUGGAUCUGGAACAGAACGGGUUCCGAAACUUUACCAAUUUGAAGAGCAAAUACAACCACGCCAAGUUCAUGAUCGCCGUUGGUGGGUGGGCCGAAGGUGGUAAAAAGUACUCCCAGAUGGUAGCUGUUAAGGAACGACGUGACUCGUUCAUCGAAAGUGUGGUUCAGUUCAUGAAGGCGUACGACUUUGACGGGUUCGAUCUGGACUGGGAGUACCCGGGAGCGGCAGAUCGUGGCGGUAGCUUCAGCGACAAGGACAAGUUCUUCUACUUCGUGGAGGAGCUGCGUCGGGCGUUCGAUCGCGAAGGUCUCGGCUGGGAGAUCACCAUGGCCGUUCCGGUUGCGAACUUCCGCCUGCAGGAAGGAUACCACGUGCCUGAGCUGUGCGAGAAUCUGGACGCGAUCCACUGCAUGACGUACGAUCUGCGCGGAAACUGGGGAGGGUUCGCCGAUGUGCACAGCCCGCUGUACAAGCGACCUCACGAUCAGUACGCGUAUGAGAAGCUUAAUGUGAACGAUGGAGUCCAGCUAUGGGUCAACUAUGGUUGUCCGCCGAACAAGCUAGUCAUUGGAGUUCCUUUCUACGGACGAACCUUCACACUGAGCGCCAGUACGAAGAACCCAACUCUUGGAUCCUAUAUCAACAAGGAAGCUGGAGGUGGUGACCCCGGACCGUACACCAACGCCACAGGAUUUUUGGCCUAUUACGAGAUCUGUACCGAGGUUCAAGACGAGGAGAAGGGUUGGACCAAGAAGUGGGAUGACGUUGGUCUCUGCCCGUACACCUACAAGGGCACCCAGUUCGUGGGCUACGAGGACGUCGAAUCUCUACAGCACAAGAUGAAGUGGAUCAAGCAGAAGGGAUACGCCGGCGCCAUGACCUGGGCUGUCGAUAUGGACGACUUCCGAGGAUUGUGCGGCCCUGAGAACGCCCUAAUGAAGGUUCUGUACGAUGACAUGAAGGACUACGUCGUGCCGGAACCGACAGUCACCACCACACCCAGGCCCGAAUGGAACCGCCCACCGUCAACGCAAGCAUCCGUCGGUGAGGUCCCGCUGGCAGCUGGCCCAACCAGCACCACAACGCGCCGUCCAAAACCAACGACCACGGCGGCACCCCCGAAACGUACCAAAACGACUCGCAGAACUACCACCACGACUACCACCACCGAGGCCGCUCCGGAAAGUGAGGAAGAACCCGAGCCAGCACCGGCACCAGCUCCCCAACCCCCGGUUGAUUACGAGGACCAAGCGGACGUCGAUUGUUCCGGUGGGCAGGACUACGUGGCGUCCGCCGAUUGUACCAAGUACUACCGGUGCGUUCACGGCCAGCCGGUGGAGUUUACCUGCAAGCCCAACACGGCGUUCCACACGGUGCUGAACGUGUGCGACUGGACGGAGAAUGCGGACCGGGCUCAGUGCAGAGACGACGCCAAAACGGUGAAGGAUUUCUUUCUGACGAAGGAAUUGGCGCCGGAAGGGGUCGAAGAGGAGAAGCCGAAUGUCUUGGAGGAAGAGGUGGUCUGAAGGAAAGUGAAUGGUUUGCACUGACUGAAAUAAUGUGAGAUUAAUUUGGAAUAAA